CCAUGUCAGACACAGUGCCAUGUAAGCAGUGCCACGUCAGCAGGCCAUGUCAGACACAGUGGCACAUCAGCAGUGCCACGUCAGACACAGUGCCAAGUCAGCAACAUGACGGGCCAGCCGGGCCAACUGGCCAAUGAGCCCAUUGCCGACUACAAAAAGCGCUUCCAGGCUCAGCUCGCUGCAAUCGAGGCUGAGGAACAACGCCAGCUGGCAGUCAAGGCUCCCCAGCUACAGGCUGAAGAAGCGGCAACAGCAGAGAAGCUGCGGCUACAGGCCGAAGCAGACACAGAUGCCCAGGCUCGCCGCAAGGAAGCCCAGGAUCUGCUGCUGCGGCAUGAAGCCAACACAUUCGAGAGACUCAAGUAUUGGCACUUUGAACCGAACGGCAACGACGCAACACCGGAAGAACAACAUAAGGAGUUCAUGGCCAAGCUCGUGACCAGGUUGGUUUACACAUGUAACCACCUACAGUCCGAGCUGGCGAACCUCCAGCGGGCCGUGCGGAACCAGAAGACUCAGCACGAGGAUGCCACACGGGCACUGGACGCCCGUGCACACGACUUGGAACAAGUUCCACCAAGACCAGAUGCUGGGGCUUCCAGCAGUGCAUCCUCUAGCCGCCAACUGGAGGAACGCGUUGACCGCGUAGUGGAAAUGCUCGGCGACAUCAACACCUUCGCUGCGCAGACCACCAUCAGCAGUCAGCUGCAUACCUUGAAGACCGAGGUCCAGCAGUUGCAGUCGACGAACGCGGAUGACAAUCCGAAGAUGAUUCUGCCCGUCGCCAAGCACGCGUACAUCGGCACCCUGUUCCUGAACUCAAAGGGCGGAUGCCAGACCUGGUUGAGCCACCUGGCAACCUCUCACGGCGUCGACGUACCGGACUUGAAGGACAAAAUCACAUGGGAGGAACUGACACGGCUGUGGAAGAAGCGGUUCAUCGUCGACGACGCGCCGGCACUCGCCAUCAACCGUCUGUUCACCAUGUCACAGGACAACACUGCAACACGGGAUUGGCUCACGGAGUGGCAGAAGAUUGUGGCGGUGCCCAAUCUGGAAUUGGCAUUCACGCAUCUACGCCGUGAGUUCUACAACAGGUCCUGUGCGGCAUUCAGCCAGGCUCUUGGUGAUCGCGAGCAGUACUCAACCUUCGCUGAGAUCAUUGACAAGGCGAGGGAAAUCAUCAAGACCAACAGGUCAGCUGCACACGAGAAGUCAACAUGGCAGCCGACCUAUGUCGAGAAGGUACGAACAAGUCCGCGACAGCAGCACUUCGCUGCAUUCCAGUCGGACAGUGGAGAUAACCCAGCAGCCACUCCAGCAUCAAGUGACAGAGAUCAGGUGGCUGUUGUCCAGCCGCGAAGCAACAACAAGUCCCRCAACAAUGGGAAGGCGAAAUCCGCAUCGCAGGCCGGAAAUGGACARCCAKUACAAGUUCCAUGGGUCAAGUUCGGCUUGACCGAGGCGGAGUACAAGCUUGGGAAACUGAGCUCCGCGGAAGGUGAGGCAACUCCACCUUCUACUACGCCAGAUUCCGCCGCCUUGCUAGCGGCCUCCUGCACAUCUGGGGAGAACGCGAAUGUCGCAAGUUCUCGUUACACUUACGAGGACUAUGCUGUCCACUUGGUUCCACCACUGGACCAAACGCUCAACGUGCAAGAAUCCAUCGCAUGCACGGUUUCAUCACCAUCGGCAACCGAUUCGGCACCUUCCCCGCAAUCUAUCGUCGGGGAUUCGACGUCAUGGUCAGGACUUGAAGAGCUCGACCCAUUGACGUUCACGGACUUCCAGUGGAUGCCCGUUCCCUCGACCGGACGAUUGUCGAAACCGCAUUGCAACGUGCUCAUGGCACAAUUGCGGGAAUACUUGCACACUGCAGGACCAGCUCCGUUGAUGGAUGCCGGAGCAGAGGUUGUCAACCUUCACGCCUACAUCGCGAAGAUCGACCACGAGUUCAAGACGCAACGCGAGGAUCACCCGGUGAACUUCUUCCACCGCACUGUUCACAUUCGUGAUCGGAACGGAGUACUAGUUCCAUGCACGGUGCCUCUUCCUCAUCCUUCGAUCAGCUGCCACGUGAUAUCCGCCGCAAGCAUGCGAACUUCCAUCAUCAGAGAUGACAUCGAGGAGAUGGGGGUGUGUUUUCUCCACGCCCUCCCGCCUCAUGACGCUUCAUCGACGGACUCACCUUCGGAUCCACGCAUCACCGAACUUCUCGACGCCUACAGCGACGUGUUCGAAGGCCCGCACGGAGUAGUACCAGAUCGACCCAUCCGCCACGAGAUCAUCCUCGAGGACGGGGCCGUACCUCCGCGCGGUUGCAUCUACCGAAUGAGCGAGGAAGAGUUAAGUGUGCUUCGCGCACAACUCGACGAACUUCUAGAGAAAGGCUGGAUUCGGCCUAGCUCAUCGCCAUACGGUGCUCCUGCUCUCUUCGUCCGGAAGAAGAACAAGGACCUGCGGUUGUGCAUCGAUUAUCGCAUGCUCAACGCGCAGACGAUCAGGAACGUCGGCCCUCUCCCACGCAUCGAUGACCUUCUCGAGCGAUUGGGCGGCGCCCAGUUCUUCUCUAAGCUGGAUCUCAAGUCAGGGCACCACUUACUCGAGAUUCGCAAGGAGAAUCGCUACAAGACCGCGUUGAAAACACGGUAUGGGCAUUUCGAAUGGCUGGUUAUGCCAUUUGGCCUUACGAAUGCCCCAGACACUUUCCAAGCGGCUAUGACAACGGAGUUCCGACAUAUGCUGGAUCGUUUCCUACUUAUCUACCUCGACGACAUUCUGGUCUACAACCGGAGUUUGGAGGAGCAUGUGGAACACCUGCGCAUCGUUUUGGAGCGGCUACGACAAGCCAAGUACAAAGCAAACCGCGACAAGUGCGAAUUCGCGGGGCAGGAGCUGGAGUACUUGGGCCAUUAUGUGUCGCCGCAAGGCAUCCGUCCACUCGCGGACAAGAUCGAGGCCCUACGAGAGUCCGGCACAACAAUGAAACCAAGUUCGGCUCGGCAUCCUCAGACAGACGGGCAGACGGAGCGGGCACAUCAAACCGCUCAAAUGAUGCUUCGUACGCUCAUCCGUCCGGACCAGAAAGAUUGGGUUGACCGCCUCCCCGACAUCGAGUUCGCCUACAACACUUCGGUGCACCCGGCGAUCGGCGUGACUCCAUUCGAGUUGCACCACGGUGGACGGAAAGGCCGUAUCUUCGCCAAUCUUCUCCUCCCUCGACCAGCCGACAUUGACGCUGAAUGCUCUCCCGCUUCCGUCCGAAAGUACAGGGAAUUGCUGACUCAAGCCCGCGCAAAUAUGCAAAAGGCUCAAGUCUGCAUGCAGCAGCAAUCCAACAGGCGUCGCGUACCAUGUCCCAUCCUCGCCGGUGAUCUGGUUUGGGUCUCCGCGGAAGAGUUUGCACUGGAACAAGAUGUUUCACGCAAGCUGCUUCCAAAGUGGUUUGGACCUUGGUCUAUGACAGCAGCCGCGGGCAAUGAGCCCGAUGGCCCUUCAUUUGUGAUCAACAUUCCAAAGCAUCUGACGAUCCAUCCGGUCUUCCACGCCUCGAAGCUGGCAACAUACACGCCAGCCAAGAGCGACGACUUUCCGGGUCGACGAUCGCAGGACCCUCCCUCUACGGAUGGUCAUCAGGAAGUUGACCGCGUCAUCUCCGAUCGCAAGUACAGCAGCAAGCCGCGGCAGUACAAAGUCACAUUCAAAGCAUGCGAUCGCGACGACACUCGGUGGAUUUCAGGCGCAGAUUUGAAAGCAUCCACACCGCUGAUCUACACGCAUUAUGAAAAGCGGAGGUUAGCUCAGGAAGCUUCACGACCAGCCCCUCCCACACGGACUGUGGUCCCUCCCUCAGACAGACASCUUCGCCCUCGCAGCGAACCGCUUGAGAAGCUUGAGGAAUAGGGAAAGAGGAGUGACUUUGGAAUAUGCAACCAGGUUGUUUUCACAACCGGCUGUACGCGCGAGAGACCUGGCAAAGCUAGCCGCU